GCAGCCCGGGCUGGUGGGACUGCGCCGAGGCCCGGCCCCCUGCAUGGUGCGUACCUGCUGUGAUGCUGUGCCCGCUGCCCGGGGCGGAGCCGAGGCGUGUCUCGGGAGGGCGGGGCAGUGGUUCCCGUUUUUCUGGGACUGAGCUCUAGUUCUGGCAUUUGCUCUAUUUGAGAGCAAACUUUCCUUAGCUGCUGGUGUUGCAGGACUUGGCUUCUUCAAGGCCUGGUCACCCCAACUUUCUUGGACUUGAUAACCCGGGACAAAGAACCUGCGGAGCAGGGCGGGGGUCAAGCCUGCAAAAAGCCAAAUCCGGGGAAGGAACUGUGUUGCCUCUGAUGAAAGGAAUUGGUACAGUUUGCGGUUUUGUGAAGCAGGGCCCCAUGUAACUCGACUUUGGCCUUGAACUUGGGAUCCUCCUGUCUCCACACCACAACCCCCGGCCCCCAUGUUCUGGGAUCACGGGUGUAUGGCCUCCAUGCCCAGCUCAGUAGUGGUGUAGCUGGUUGACGAGAUCAGAGAAACUAAAGCAACCCUCAGCGCAGAGCCAAAGUGUCUGUAGAAGUCCACACAGAGCAUUUAUUCAGGUGUCCUCAUGACUUCUCUCUCGGACCAUGUCCAUGAUCCUUUACGCCAGCGUUGUUCGGGUGAGGGACGGCCUGCCCCUCUCAGCCUCCACUGACUUUUACCAUGCCCAGGAGUUUCUGGAAUGCCGGAGGCAGCUCAAGACCUUAGCCCAGAGGCUGGCUCAGCAUCCAGGCCGAGGCUGUGCAGAAAGUUGUGACUUCCGUAUCUAUUUUUCAUCAUCGGGGGACGUGGCCUGCAUGGCCAUCUGUUCGCGACAGUGCCCGGUAGCCAUGGCCUUCUGCUUCCUGGAGGCCCUGUGGUGGGACUUCAUAGCCUCCUACGACACCACCUGCGUCGGCCUGGCCUCGCGGCCCUACGCCUUUCUCGAGUUUGACAGUGUCAUUCAGAAAACGAAGUGGCAUUUUAACCACAUGAGCUCCCCCCAGAUGAAGAGUGGCUUAGAGAAGGUCCAAGAGGAGCUAGAGCUCGAACCUCCAGCUGUCCUGUCCCUGGAGGACACAGACGCAGCAAAUGGCAUGCUGAACGGCCACACCCCGGUGCGCCCCGAACCUGCUCCGAGCCUCCGGAUGAAGCCGGUGACAGCUCUGGGUGUCCUCUCUCUUGUUCUCAACAUCAUGUGCGCGGCCCUGAACCUCAUCCGCGGAGUUCACCUCGCAGAGCAUUCCUUACAGGUUGCCCAGGAGGAAGUUGGAAACAUUCUGGCUUUCUUCAUUCCUUCCGUGGCCUGCAUUGUCCAGUGUUAUCUGUACCUGUUCUACAGUCCAGCCCGGACUCUGAAGGUGCUGCUCAUGCUGGCCUCCAUCUGCUUGGGCAAUGCCUACCUGCAUGGGCUGAGGAACACCUGGCAAAUUCUCUUCCACGUAGGAGUGGCUUUCCUGUCUUCAUAUCAGAUCCUGACCAGACAGCUACAGGAGAGGCAGUCCGACUACGGAGUGUGAUUAGGGCUUCCUGCAGUGGGUGAUACCUUUGAUUUCCCCCGCUGUGGAAGGACAGUCUGUUUCCACUCCUGCUUCUCAACUCCACCUCAAACCUCCAUCCCCGACGCUCCCAAGGUCACAGAUCCUGGCAGGUGCAACGGAGGACGGGGGCUGCUGGUUGUCAGUCCUGGUCUGUGUGGAACGUUGGUGGGGAACCGCCAGCCAAGCGCAGGAUGGGGAGCUGGAGCAGGAGCCUGCUCAGAGAGCAUCUGUGGUGGUCAGAGUGGCUGGAGCAGGAGCCUGCUCAGAGAGCAUUUGUGGUGGUCAGAGUGGCGGCAUCUUGGUCUCCUAAAUCUAACAAUAACUGCAAACCUCUAGAUUCCAUAAUGGUAGAUAUAGUAACUGGCAGGUGUCUGUGAGGAAACUCUUCAAAGUUGCCGUCUGUUUGUGGGCUCAGUGUAAGUCCAGUUUUUCUUACGGUGUCAGCACAGGGUAAACGAAAGCUGGAGAAUACGACUCACAAACACAGCUAGGUAAAUUUUGUUUACGUUUUCUUGAUAACUUGUGUUCGACAAACUUUUGGAAUAUUUAAAUAUAUUUUGGAUAUAAAUUGAAGCUCAUUCAGAAUGAAGCAAACUUAGGCUGAGAAAAUGCCAAGGAAGUCCAAGUUUAUUCAAAUUACCUUUUACGGUGGUGGGCUUUAUGGGUACAGAUGUGGUUUGUAUUUAUUUGCAGAACCUAUCUGAAUUAUGUUUGGAUUAAUAACCAGUAUCACUGGGUCACAGGCACAUAGGCACCAGCAGAUGUGGGGGCUUUGGGGUCCUCUCAGAGGGGCAGCGUGGAGGGGCACGCCAGGGUUUCAGAGGUCCUUGACAGAAAUGGGGAAUUCUGCUGUUAUCCAUAGCGUUGCUGGAGCUGUGGCCUUCUUGAGAGGCCUCCCGAGUUAAUGACUCCUCCUUGACUCCAUAGAGCAUCUUAACUAGACCACAUUUUAUGGACAGGCAUUAAGUAGGUGUUAACACUGGAAAGCUUUGUGUGACUGGCACACGCUCUGUAAGGCUGCUAUGGUGUGCUUCGAAGCAAGAGCCCCCUGUGUCUCCAGUGUGGGUAUCUGGUGGUACUCAGAAGCCAUGUUGGGGUUCACCCCUCUGGCUUGUUCUUGGAGUGUACCCACAAUUUUGUGGGUUGGCUCGUGAGGCUCCAAAGGUGAUAGCCCUAUUUUGGUAGAUUUUAAAGGAGAAAACCAUCCCAGAAGUUAUGGAUUAUUGGGGAGUGCCAGAGCAUAGGGUUGGAGAAUUCUGUUCAAUUUCUGGGUCUUACUGGUGCCCUGUGUCAGUCAGCCACCAGGUGUCAUUUCAGGAAUGAGGUUAUGUGACUCAGAACUGGAUUGAAAAAGUAUCUACAUUGUAAUUUUCCUUCCUUAUAAGAGAAUUUUCUAUUUUUAAUCAAAUCUGCAGUGUCUGGGUGUGACUGUCAUAUUGACAGCAUCCUUGGGUGUGAACUUCAGCCUUCUGUGACUGUUGAUCUCACAUCUGUGUAACACGUCAGCACACAUUUGUGUAUGCCGUGCGGGAAAGUGCUUACCCUUCCUGACAGAGAAUUUUGAAGUGGGAAAGAGAAAGGAAGAGGAGGAAGAAAAUUCUUUUAAUUCAAAGCACACAUUCAAAAAAAUUUUUUAAAAGUAUUUUAAAAAAAUCAGCCUAAAACAAUAUUGUUUUCCUCCUAAGCUCGUGGGGUUCCAUGUUGCUCUGUAUCUGGACACCGCACACACUCUAGGUUCUGAGCCUCUGGUUGUCAGUCCUCAAGCGGUAACAAAGCAGUCCCUGAGGGCGCCUCUGUUACAGACACUUCACUUGUCAUAGGUGCUAGCAAGAGUGUUUGUCGUGCUUGGUGACACGGCUUGUGACAUAUCGAGACAAGGUUCCAAACUGACUUAGAAGUGGAAUGAAAAGGAAUCCUCAAGGGAACCGGAACGCACAGAGAGUCCAGUUCAGAGAAGCCUCACCUCCCUGGAGGAAGAAGCUAAGGACAGGAAGGGAGUCCCAGGGACACCCCCCCACCCCCCACCCCCACCCCCGGCUUCCGGUGCCUUGGUUCAGGCUUAGGUGUUUGUAGCCCAGUGGGGGACAAACUGGUCCCAAGGCAGGAGUGUUUCUUUGCCUGUUGCUGACUGCUCUUCCAGAGGGCGCCGCUUGCCCAGCGGCUCAUGGGAAAUGGUACAGAGCUUGAAUGGAAGGCUUUCCUGUGGGAGCAGCGUGGCUGGGUUGGCUUAGGCAGAAAGCUUUUGUUUUGGGUUGCUUUCUCCUCAGGGUGCCUCGCCCUGACAGGAGCUCUACCUGGCUCUCUUUCUGGGUGUGGAGACAGCUGGGCCAUGUGAGGUCGACUUCCCUCUCAGUCCCAGAUGGCCGCACAGACCCCACAGAAGUAGCAGGGUUGUGGUUCUUGCUAUCCGUGAACCCUGUUGACAUGCGCGUGGGCCUGUUACCUGACCCUCUUUCUUUUCUAGUCACCGUGUGUCCCCCCUACUCUGCCUGUUUCCACUCCAUCCCAACACUCUGCCUCCAGAUGGAGAUUCAGGCUCGAGUCUGCGGAGAGACAGGAAGCCUAGCGUCAGUGAUGGAGAGGGAGGCAGCUUUGGAAUCCUACCCUCUGCCCUGCCUCAGCUCAACAAGCACACUUCGGUAGUCAGCACUGCUUGGGGGUCAAGGGCCACAGCCAGCAGGCCCAAGCAGAUGGCCGUUUGGAGCGUAGGAGGUGGGAAGAGAAGUGGCUGUCCAUCUGCAAGUGCCCUGGGCAUGUCGAGGGCUGCAUGCCGCAUGCCGCACUUUCAAUCCCUUACCGUGCUGCCCCCCCCCCCCGGGGAGCCGCCCAUCACACUUCCAGCUCUCUCCUGUGUGCUCGGCAGGACUGACAGUGACUGAGGCUGCAUAUGUCCAGCAGACACUUGCUAAGUUGUUGCUCCUGUCCUACUGUCUCCCCCAGGUCUGGGGCCACUCCACCCGUGUGCUCUGAGAGCCCAGAAUGCUGGAGAAAGAGAACCCAGGGAAUCCCCAAGAGAUGAGGUGGGGACAGGAGCGCACAGGUCAGCCAACCCAGUGGCCUGGAGGUCAGCUUGGCUUUUCCACUGUGUCACAGUAGGAGUCCCUGCCUGCGCUCCUCAGUGCCAUCCGAGAGGAUGGCGGGUGGUCACAGAGGGGACUGCUCUACACAUACAGGCAGAAGGGGUUCCAAGGCCACUGGGUGUGUGCAGCAGGCAUCAGGCUGCACCAGCGUUCAAGCAUCUACACCGUGGCAUUUUAUGGUGCUGCAGUACAAAGGCCCCAUGCCUCCCUUCUUUUCAUUCCCUGAUCUGCCUCAUGAUUCUGCACACGGAGCCCCUGAUACAGUCAGCACCAGUAGACCUGCGUCAAAUCCAGGGAAGCUGGAAUUGUAGGCUGUCUCCAGUCUCAACAAGGAAAUCCCCUGUGCCCCACCACGCCUGGCCACCCAGAACAGGGCUCUCACUCUUCCUCCUCCUCGUCUUCCUCUUCCUCCUUUUGUUUUCUGUUUUGGUUUUCAAUAUAGGAUUUCUCUAGUCCUGGCUGUCCUGGCUGGAACUUGCUCUGUAGACAAGGCUGGCCUUGAACUCAAUGGAGGUCCACCUGCCUCUGCCUCCCAACUGCUGAUAUUAAAGCCACCUCUGCCUGGCUUGCACUGUCACUCGCAUUGCUGGGGAGGUAGAUGUCAUCAGGACAGCUGUGGAAAGGGGCUUGGUGUUCACAUCUGGGAAUGGCGGGCUAGGGAAAUGUCUGGACGCUUGAAGUCAUGGGCAGGGCAGUGCCCUCAGUUGCCUUUUAUCUUAAGGUAAAAUGAAGCCUGUUCUUUCCCUUUGAGCCGUGUUUGCCACGUACAUGUGACCUUGAUCCUUACACGGAUGAGAUCCUUUGGUUGCUUCAGGAAUGUUAUGAGUUCUUUGUAUAACUCAGCCUCUAAGAUUUGACUUGACUUAACGGACUUUUCUAGGUAGAACAUAAAAACUGAGACUAGUUUCAGCAAAUCCAGUUACCUCUCCAAGAGUCGCCCUCUGUAUGUGCUGCCCACAUGAUCAGCUACUUUUCCAUUGACAACAAAGAUCUAUUUUGAGUCCAUGAUGGGUACAUCCUAACUUUCACAUGCUCAAACUAACACACAUGCCAACGUGCAGGUUUUAUACAGCUCUUUAUAUACUGUGUAUAUUAAAAUUAAAAUGGCGUGAGGUGGCUUAAGUGUGCGGAGAAUAAAUCUAAAGUGUUUACUAA